AUGGCGCUCGACAACGACACCCGCGGCUGGAUCAUGACCGCCAUGAGCGGCAUAGCCUCCGUCAUCUGCAUCGACAUCGUCGUUAGGAUGUUCCCCGGGAAGAAGAACUUCAGGGUCCAAGACAGCAACACCUUCCUUUCCGCCUCUCUGAGCCUGAGCUUCGGCGUCAUGCUGUUUUCCUCGCUGUAUAGCAUGCUUCCCUCUGCCAAGAACUCGCUGCAGAAGGGCGGCCACUCACCCAAGGCUGCAGCAUGGAUCCUCAUCGCCUGCUUCCUCGGCGGCGUCAUUGGCAUCCAACUGGUCUCGCGAGUCAUCCAUCACUUCAUACCCUCCCACAUCGUCGACUGUGACCAUACUCAUGGCGACGAGGAGUCGCCAGAGCAUGACCAUGACUUCGACAAGGCCUCGCCAGCUCAUGAAGAUGACGAAGAUGAACACAAUGCCCACCAACACCCUGUGCUGCCCAACAGUGCCGCAGUCAGCUUUGACGCUUCCGCGAACAGCGACAUGGUGAACAGCACCGACUCUUUCCAGCCCCACAGAGACUACCCUUCCGCUCGGAGGCCGUCUUUCCCAGCCCAGUUAGCCCGCAAAGCUUCGAAAAUUGUGCUGAGGGCAAAAUCCCAUUGCGAUGAGGUCGGUCCCUGCCACGGCUUCACUGACCCCUGCGGCUCCGAAUGUUUCAAGAUCGUCCAAGCCAGAGGAGGCACCCGAGCUCCCAUCCAUACAUGGCCGCGCCAGCCCGGCGUGGCCAGGAGCGUCACCGCACCGCACACCAGCAGCACGUUGCACUCUGAGCGCCAGCCCUUGCUUUCGCACACCCAGGAGAACGAGGGGCCAGACUAUAGGACCCUGUCAUCGACCGCCUCCCACGGACGCACAAACGGCUUCUCGAAACCACGGAGCACUCGUUCGACACACUCAACUCACGAUCAUCACGAUCAUGACGACCAUCACCAUCACCCUGGCCACCACGAUGACGACCAUCACCAUGAUUCGCACGAGCAAAGCCAUCACCACCACCACGUUCCAACCAAUGCCUUCAUGUCCAUCGGUCUCCAGACAUCCCUCGCCAUUGCCCUCCAUAAGCUUCCUGAAGGUUUCAUCACCUACGCCACCAACCACGCAAACCCACGGCUUGGUUUCGCCGUUUUCUUGGCUCUCUUCAUCCACAACAUCACCGAAGGUUUCGCCAUGGCUUUGCCCCUCUAUCUUGCCAUCAACAGCAGAUGGAAAGCCAUGGUGAUCAGCAGUAUCCUCGGUGGCGCAAGCCAGCCUCUUGGCGCGGGUGUAGCUGCUCUGUGGUUUAGGAUCGCGGGCCACACCGGCAUCGGGGAGCCCGGCGAAUCGGUGUAUGGAGGCAUGUUCGCUGUCACUGCUGGCGUCAUGACGUCUGUAGCGCUACAACUGUUUCAAGAGAGCAUAGCCUUGACCCAUAGCCGCAACCUUUGUAUGAUAUUUGCAUUCGUGGGAAUGGGAAUCCUGGGCAUCAGUUCUGCUUUGACGGCAUAG